UUCCACCCAAAUCCCUCUCUCUCUCUCUUCUUCUUCUUCUAUAUUCUUCUAUUUAAUUCAAUCUUUCACGGAAAAAAUGUCCACCGAACUCGAUCUCCGACGGACAUUGUUGGAAAUCGUCCGUCGUCCGCCGAUCAAGCUUCAAAUUCCACUGCCGUCGACGGCAGUAGUAAUGGGAGGCGAUCGCGGGGGUGUGAUAAUUCAGAAAGAUCGAAUCGACAAGGGGGAGGACGGGGGAGCGGAAGAAUUGUGUUGCCGUACACCGACGUCGGCGGAGAACAAGAUUCCGGCGGUGGUACAAUGUCCGCCGGCGCCACGGAAGCGGAAGAGACCGCCGAGUUGUAGAAGGAGAUUAAUGGAGCUUGAAUUUGUGGAGAUCGUGCAUAGAGAUGAAAUUGAACCGUAUUUAAAUGCGAGUUUUGAUCAUGAGGACAGAGUAAGAAAAUCUGCUAAACGAAGCUUCUGCGAGUGUAAAUGAAAUUGUUCGAUCCAUUACUUUUUCACUAAAUCGCCAUUGUUAACCUUCUUCUUCUUCUUCUUACACCUUGAAUUAAUUAAUGUACAAUUUUCCUCUCAAGCUAAUUAUGUAAAACGAAUUAUCGUUACACGUUUUUACGUUGAA